AUGAUACGUUCAAAUGAUCAUAGCCCUGAACAGAUUCAUCUUAAAAACCGGUCACGUUUUCACCAUCUUAUUGUACAUGAAAACAAGGAAAUACAACAUCAUUACUGCCCGGAUGAAAUCACUAGUUGGUGCAGUUACAAACGUGAUCGAGCUACAGGAAAACAUGAAGAUGAAGGUAAAGAUAAAAAUCGACUUGAUCCUAUAUUUCGUCAAUUAUUGCACAAAAUGAUCGAAGAUUUAACAUCCAAAGAAUUACUAUCCAGAUGUAUACGAGGUCUCACGCAAAACUCGAACGAAUCAUUGAAUUCGGUAGUAUGGUCUAUAUUAUCAAAAUCUAAACAUCAUGGAUUUUCAUCGAUACAAGGUGCUGCUGCAGCUGCUUCACUUUAUUUCAAUGGUGGUAGAACAUCGUUGUUAGAAUUUUUUAAACAAUAUGGCAUUCAAAUUAACGAAGAUUUAUACUGGAAUUUCUUGAAUCGGGAUCAACAACGUGUUAGAAAGGCUGAUGAAACAUCAUUAAAACGUGAAACGAUUAUUUUACAAAAACAAAAACAACGCAUGCAAAUGCUACAAGCUUCAAAUGACACAACAGAGUAUGGACCUGGCUUUUUUCAUUAA